UUUAUAAUGCAAUAUCAAAUCCCAUAAAUCUUAACUAAAAACUGACAGAAUUCGAUCGUGUGCACCACCUUCUUUAUCUUCAGUAUAUAUACAUAUACUAUUCUCCUUGUUUCUCAUCUGCAGCACCAUCUAUGGCGGCACUACAGUAUUCCACAUCCUUUCCUUGUCUACUACUUGCAUUCUUUGCUCUAACCUCUCAUGCUCAUGCAGAUCUUUACAAGCCCAAACCCUUAUCCAGCUAUCUUCCCACCAACACUUACGACAGUCCCUCCAACACCAUCGACUCAUGCUGGCGUACCGACUCAGACUGGGCGGAAAAUCGCCAAGCCCUGGCGGAUUGCGCAGUGGGGUUCGGUAACGCUGCCAUGGGAGGAAAAGGUGGAGAAAUAUAUGUAGUCACAUCUCCUGAAGAUGAUCCUGAAGAUCCUAAAGAGGGAACACUUAGAUACGGCGUUAUACAAUCAGAGCCCCUGUGGAUAAUAUUCGAGAGUGAUAUGGUUAUUAAACUCGAGAAUGAGCUUAUGGUGAAUAGUUAUAAGACCAUAGAUGGAAGAGGAGCUACGGUGGAGAUCGGAAACGGACCAUGCAUAACAGUUGAAUACGUAAGCAAUGUGAUUAUACAUGGGAUAAGUGUCCAUGAUUGCAAGCCGUCGAAGAGUGGUCUCGUAAGAAGCAGUCCCACACAUGUUGGAGAGCGUGGAGGGUCUGAUGGAGAUGGAAUUUCUAUUUUUGGAUCUUCUAACAUUUGGAUUGAUCACUGCUAUCUUGCUAGAUGCACUGAUGGGUUACUCGAUGUCAUUCAUGCUUCAAAUUAUGUUACUAUAUCAAACAACUACUUCACACAGCAUGACAAGGUGAUGCUGCUAGGGCACAAUGAUGAUUACACGGCAGAUAAAAAUAUGAAAGUAACUGUUGUCUUAAACCAUUUCGGCCCUGGACUAGUCCAAAGAAUGCCAAGGGUGAGAUUUGGGUAUGCGCAUGUUGCAAACAAUCGAUACGAUGAGUGGGAAAUGUAUGCAAUAGGGGGAAGUGCAAAUCCUACCAUAUAUAGCGAAUGUAACUACUUUAUAGCUCCAAAUCAGAUGAAUAUCAAAGAGGUGACAAAGCGGGAGGUACUGAGUGGAGGCUGGAAAAAUUGGAAAUGGAGAUCCUCAAAAGAUUUAUUCAUGAAUGGAGCUUACUUUGUUCAAACUGGAUAUGGAAGUUGUACACCACUUUAUUCCCGAUCUCAGUCCUUCACGGUGGCUCCGGCAACUUCGGUUCCCUCAUUAACAUCGGACGCCGGUCCCCUAACCUGCACUGUCGGAAAAGCUUGCUGAUGGCUAGCUAGAAAAUCUCCAACUAACAUAUUAAUGGAACUUGGAAGGAUUCUUUAUAGAAAAAACUAUACAAAAUUUAUACACGGCUUUAUUGAUGGAGUGUUCUUGAAAUCCAACACCCAAGUAAUUAGAAUAGUUUUUCUUUAUAUUUGUAUUGAUUUUCGUUGAGCAUGUGUGCCUUUUGGAAGGAGCAAUAGUAACUAUGUACUAUAAUGUAUUGGGUUAUACAUUACUUAUAUAUAUAAAAAAAAAUCAAAUAAAAACAAGACAUAAUUUACUUGGUUUAA